CGCGCGGCGGGGACGCCGAUGGACAUGGGCACGCAGGGCGCGGGGCGCAAGCGGCUCCCCAACCGGGAGCGCCUGACCGCCGAGGACGACGCGCUCAACCAGAUCGCGCGCGAGGCGGAGGCCCGGCUGGCGGCCAAGCGUGCGGCCCGCGCGGAAGCCCGAGAGAUCAGGAUGAAGGAGCUGGAGCGGCAGCAGAAGGAGAUCUAUCAGGUCCAGAAGAAAUAUUACGGGCUGGAUGCGAGAUGGGGUGACAUCGAGCAGUGGAUGGAAGACAGUGAGCACUGCUCUGCCCGGUCCCGGAGACAGUCCUCGGCCUGUGACAUGGAGGAGCGGGCGUCCCUGGGGAGCCGGGGCAGCUGGAGGUCCCAGCUGGACACGGAGCACAGGGGCGCCUGCGCCUGGGGACUCUCCGGCUCCGUCCUCAGCCUGUCCAGCGGUGGCCUUGCUUCUCAGGCCUGGCCAGCCCAGAACGGAAGCUGGGGGACGCCAUGGGGGGACAGCAACAUCCUGGACGGGCCCCGGCGGGCCAGCGUCUGCGCGCCCCUCGCUCCCUCGGAGCACGGCCUCAACUCCGGCUCUCGCGCCUCCUCCAGGGCCAGUUCUGCGCGGGCCAGCCCCGUGGUGGAAGAGCGCCCGGAGAAGGAGUUCGCCGAGAAGGCGUCUCGGAAUCUGCCCAGCCUGUCUGCUGCUACGCUGGCCUCCCUGGGCGGGGGCACGUCCCGGCGGAACAGUGGCGACACCUGCACCUCCGUGGACACCGAGGCGUCCGUCCGGGAGAUGCGGGAGCUCAGUGAGUUGCAGGAGCAGAUUCAGGAUGUCGAAGGCAAAUACAUGCAGGGGCUGAAAGAGAUGAAGGACUCGCUACUAGAAGCCGAGGAAAAGUACAAGAAGGCCAUGGUUUCCAACGCGCAGCUCGACAACGAGAAGACCAACUUCAUGUACCAGGUUGACACCCUCAAAGACAUGCUCCUGGAACUGGAGGAGCAGCUGGCGGAGUCUCAGCGGCAGUGCGAGGAGAAGAGCAAGGAGCUCGAGCGCGAGAAACACGCCCACAGCGUGCUGCAGUUCCAGUUCGCCGAGGUCAAGGAGGCGCUGAAGCAGCGAGAGGAGAUGCUGGAGGAGAUCCGGCAGCUCCAGCACAAGCAGGCGGGCCUUGUCAGGGAGAUCUCUGACCUGCAGGAGACCAUAGAGUGGAAAGACAAAAAGAUAGGGGCGUUAGAGAGGCAGAAAGAAUUCUUUGACUCUGUACGGAGUGAACGAGACGAUCUUAGAGAAGAAGUAGUCAAGCUGAAAGAGGGACUGAAGAAACAUGGAAUAAUUCUCAAUUCAGAAACAGCCACCAACGGGGAGACACCCUGCACGCUAGCGGACGCCGUGCACCCAAGUCUCGCCAGCGCCAGCAGAGAGGGGCUCGGCGCCCUCCCGGCCGCGGGAGACGGCGCUCCAGGAAGCGCCAGUGAGGUGCCACGGACACGCGGAUCGGUGGCGCGAGUGGGGCACACAGAGAUCUCGCCGAGAACUGAGCGAGACCCACCUGCGGAAGCCCCGGGGGAAGCUGGCACGGCCACAGAGGCGGCGCAUCCCCGUGGGGACAGUGGCCAGAGCCAGCGUGCCCCCGAAGAGUGUGCCCCCGUGCCUGAGGCCCUCCCAGAGUGCUCGGGGCAGAACCCCCCGGGGGCAGAGCAGCCUGGGCGUGGGGAGCCAGCCGUCCCGCGCCCCUCAAGUCCCCUGAAGUCCAGCAGUGACCUGGUGGACCCCGAGGGGGAGCGGGCAGCAGAUGCCACCGAGGAGCAGUGCCCAGGCUUAGCUCCUGCUCCCGAGAUGUCCCCAGACACGCAGGGGCCCACCCAGGGCGCCCAGGUGGGCGGGGACAGUCAAGAGGAAGAAGACGAAGGAAGGGGUCCGAGGGGCGAGAAGCCGAGCCACGCCAGGCCUGCGGCUCCGACGGCAGCACCUGGCACCGGAGAGGCCAACAGCGACCCCCCAGAAAUGAAGGAGGCCGACAGAGAGAUGCAGGGGCCCCCGGGAGAGGCGGCGGACUCGUCCCAGAAGAAGGCCAAGAACAAGAAGAAGAAGAACAAGAAGAAAAGAGCGCCAGCCACCACCAACAGCGGCCACGACGCUGAGGAGGACGCGGCCUCCCAGACCUCAGACUCGGGGGCCGUGAAGGGAGAAGAACCUGUGGAAGGGGCCAAACAAAAGCCAGAGCCGCAAGCUCCGAACACGGGGCCUCACACGCCGCCGCCAGAAGUGGCAGCUGGAGGCGGGGAGGAGCCAGAGCCUUCUAGAACUGAGUGGGGCAGAGAGCAGGAGCAGGAAGACGGAGCCAGUAGUGCACCGGCCACACCAGGGUCAGUUGAGGGGGUCCCAGGCGCUGGAGAAGGCAGCGCCCCUCAGGAGGAAGAGGAAGGGCCCUCGGAGGGCUCGCAGGGAAGCCCCCCGGGAUCACCGGCAUCCCCCCACUCCAGGGCUGGGGGGGAUACAGAACCGGUCAGUGCGGAAGACGGGGACUCGGCCGCGGCGGGAGAGCUGGAAAACUCCGAGGACGCCAGAGACAGCAGCGGGAGGGGCAGAGGCAAGGAAGACUGCGCCCUGUCGUAAGGGUCCGCCUGCCACCCUGCCCUACGCUCCUACAGAUGCUGCCGCCGUGGGUGGGGUCCAGUGGCGCCUGGCCUAGGUUCCGGGAACAUUCCCGUGGGCUCCCACUGCCGUCGACCCACACGGUUCUGCUUUGGGUAAAAACCUUUUCCCAUUUGUCUCGGGGCUGUUCCGGACCAAACCCGGGGGCUGAACUGAGCAUUCCGGGGUGGUGAGCCCUGCAGGGGCCACGCUCGUUUCCCCUUCCCAGAGGCGCGUCCCGGCUGAUUCGGAACCAGACAGUGGGCCCACUGGGUCCUUCAUGAAGAGGCCGUGGUCGGAAGAAAUGGCCCCAACAGGACCGGCUCCCCCACUUAUCGCAAACCAGCACAUUCCAGGCUCUUUCUGAUGCCUGAAUCUUUUCACAGGGGAUUCCUAGUUCAUGCUGAUCUGAUCAACAGAGAUUUUAUUUUAAUUUUCUAGAAGAAACUACAUUUUCUACUGCAGUAUUUUGGGGAAGGGGUACCAUUUCUAACAGUUUUUGUUUUUCUGUUUAUCUCGCCAUGAUUCAAAGGAGCAAAAAUAAGGGUCCUCACCUCGUCCUGCAACAGGAAUUUUAAAGAGCUGAAACAUUCCCUUUUGAAAUAAGUAUGUUAAUUUGCUCUUUCUUGGCAAACUCAUUGGAGAACUCUUGUCUUGGGCUUCCUGAAUGAAAUAUAUUUUUUCUAUAUAAAGAAGCAUUUAAAAAUAACUGUAAGGACAAAUAAAAAUUGUGAGGUAUUAAAUCACAAGGGACUGUAUGCUGUUCAGUAUGAAUGCUGUUGUCACUUUAUAAAUCCGUGUAAACUUGCUGUUACACCAGUGCCUGUGUAUGGUCUGGGGCACCCUCGUGUUCCGUCUCACUGAAAUAAAACUCU